GCCGCGCCGCCUCUAUUUUGAUGCGGGGCCGGGGCGGCGGCGGCUGCUGGGGCCGGGGAUGGUGCCGCUGCCGCGGGCAGCGCCGUGACUCGCUGCGGGAGGCGAGCAGGCCCCGGCGCGGGCCGGUGCGCAGGCGGCCCUGCCUGGAUGCGGGGCCAGCGGCGGUGCCGAUCCGCGUCCGUGCGGUGACGGGAGCCGGGCUCGCCCCUCCCCGCCGCGGAGAAACCGAGCGGUGAGGGUCGCGGGGGGCCCGGUGCCCCCUCAGCACCGCCCCAGGUAAAGGCUCCGGAGGCGGGGGAGAAGAUGAGCAGCGAAGCGCUGUGGCUUUUCAAGCAGCUGAAUCUUCAUUUGGAGCAGGAGGGGCGGUUUCAGCCCCGCGAGAAGGGGCUCAGCCUCAUCGAAUGCGCAGCCGAGAAUGAAAAUACUCUGUGCCCGAGACAAAGGAAUGCCAAAGUGGAAGAUCUUUGGAGUCUGACCAACUUUUUCGGUUUUGCAACGGAAACCUUUGUUUUGGCUGUUAACAUUCUGGACAGAUUCUUGGCUCUUAUGAAGGUGAAACCGAAGCAUUUAUCUUGCAUUGGAGUUUGUUGUUUCCAACUGGCUGCCCAAGUAGUCGAAGAAGAAUGCAAUAUUCCAUCUGCUCAUGAGAUCAUCCGGAUAAGCCAAUGUAAAUGCACUGUCUCAGACCUGAAACGGAUGGAAAAGAUCAUUUCAGAAAAGUUGCACUUUGAAUUUAAAGCUACUACUGCCUUAACCUUCUUGCACUUGUACCAUGCUAUUGUACUCUGUCAUACCUCAGAAAGGAAAGAAGUAUUGAAUCUUGACAAAUUAGAAGCACAGCUAAAAGCUUGCAACUGUCGUCUAGUCUUUUCUAAAGCAAAACCCUCUGUCUUGGCCUUGUGCCUUCUCACUCUAGAAGUUCAGACUUUAAAAUCGGUUGAGCUGUUUGAAAUCCUUCUACGUGUUCAAAAGCAUUCUAAGAUAAGUGAUAGUGACCUACUUUACUGGAGGGAACUGGUCUCAAAAUGCCUGGCAGACUAUUCUUCUCCUGAGUGUUGCAAACCUGAUCAUAAAAAGCUAGUUUGGAUUGUUUCAAGACGUACAGCCCAGAAUCUACAAAGCAGUUACUACAGUGUUCCUGAGCUGCCAACGAUACCAGAGGGUGGAUGUUUCAAUGAAAGCAAGAGUGAGGACUCCUGCGGAGACAUGAGCAGCGGUGAAGAAAGCCUUAGCAGUUCUCCUCCGAGUGAUCUGGAAGGCACCUUCUUCUUUGAACUCAAACCUAAAACAAAGUGGCAAACUCUGAGCUGUUGCUCUUAGCAUGACGUCUUGAUUGUGUUAGGCUGAGAUUGUUUUUUAAUGCACCAUAGGGUCUUUUGGCAAUAAUAAAUGAGGUGAUAUACUGUAAACUGUAUUAAGGCAAGAAUUGCUGUGAUGCAUCAAUGCUUUGAAUGCCUGCCUUGGUUUUUUUGUUGUAAUUUUAAGGAAGAAAAAAGUCCCAUUCAGGUCCCCAGUUCAGCGAAAAAGUUCCUGUAUAGUUCUGUUGUCAGCAAACAUAAAUGUAUUCCUGUACUUGGUGUUCCAAAAUGCUCAGCAGUGAAGGCUGACAGCACUCUGGACUGUGUGAGCAGGAGCAGAGUCAACAAAUUGAGGGAAGUAUUCUUUUGCCUCCCUUUACUGGGCAUUCAUUCUCAUUUGCAGCAACGUUCAGUUUGGGGCUCAAGACAUUGAUCGACUUGCGCAAGUCUCACAGGAAGCUGCCAAGGUGGUUCAGUGAUUUGGGGCACAGGACCUGUGAGGAGAGGCCAAGCAAAAUGAGCUUGUUCAGCCUGGUAGAGUAGCCUUUGGGAGGGGCAAGGAAAGUGGGGUUGAACAGCAGCCUUUUGGUAUUUAAGAGGAAGACUGCUGAGGAUGAAAUGAUUUCAGGGGUCUUGGCUGAGAAGCAUGGAGCAAGAACAAGAGGCUUUCAUUAAACAGAAAUGUGAAGCUCUUGGUUUGUGGGAGAAGUUUGCCCAGUGGUGACAAUCCAGCAUGGGAGUGGAUCUAGAGGGACUAUGCAAUCUUUGUCCUGGGAGGUUCUUGGGAUGACAAAAUACUGAGCUUGGUUUGAAUUCAGCAUUGACUCUGCUUUGAGCAGGAGGCUGGGCUGGAGUCCUCUUGAGGGCACUUCUGCUCUUUGGUAUUUUGAGAUUAGAUCAAAUGGUCUGAGUAGGUUGUGUGGAGUCAUAAUGUAGUACCAGGCUGAAUUGACUUGGGCCAAAUCCUGAAAUACUUUUCAUACUGCUCUCUUUUUCAGCAGGAUCUUGAGUUGCCCACUCCAAGCAGGUUUUUUUUCCCUAAAGCUUUGGGAAUCCCUAUUUUACAGUAGAAGUGUGCACAGCAAGAAGGAGGUUUCUAGUCUGUGCUAGUUGCCACUUAAAGGAUAGUAUAAAGUGUGUGGCAGAGAGUAAUUUCAUAUUUUCUUUAAUACGGAUGGCUUUACACCGAAAUUCACACCUUCAGUGUGUUUCAAAUCUUAACUGGUUAACGUGUCAGUCCAUACUGUUAGCUUAGACUUAUUAACACGGUAAAUCUUAGUAAGUCUACAUUCCUUUUCCUAGUUAUCCCUUGUAGUUGUUUUUUGGUAUAUUCAUGUUAUUGAGUCAUAAUCAAGACUUGUUUGCAUGCUUAUGUAAAGCAGUUAGUGCAGGAAAAGUUGAUAUUAUGCAGUAAUAUCAGGUAAAUGUGAUGUUGAUGAAGUAGUUCAUGUAACAGGCUUUUUCUGAACUCUCUUCUUGAAGCACAAAUUGAAGUAUGAUUGUGUAUUAAGAACAUGGCUAGGUAGCAGUGGACUAAUUAGCUCAAAAUAAUGAUUGUGAAGCGUGUUGGUGCCAAACUAGAAAUGAAGGAGUAAACGAGCUGAAGGCUGUUGUCCUGUAGAGCCAGGCAUUGUUCUAGAGCGGUGCUGUAAGUUCACAACUGUUAAUGUGAUUUCAGUUGUAUAAACACACAAAUAAGUUUACAGAAAAAUGUAUAUAAAAAUGUAAAUUGAAAAAUGUACAGAAAAAAAUUUAAAACAAAAAAUGAGCAGAAAAUACUGUAUUUUUCUACAUUGUAUGUAACUUUUUGUAGGUAUGUGGCAUGUAGAUAGUAAUUUAUUGUGUACUCUGUAUGAUAAAAAUACUGUACACCUGAAGAUUUCUUACUGCAAAUCUCUGCACCCGGAGGCUCACUUCUGAACUGGAGUACUUGGGUGGCAGGUAACAAGCCUACUGAGUCUUGUUUCAAUUGAGAACAAAAAUAAACCAAGUGCUGUGUUUUAUUAA